CGAUUCACGAUUCACAAUUCACAAUUCACGACUUCAUAACUUCAUUUCGGACUUGUGGCACUUCACCGUAAUUACCCUAUAUACCCGCAUACCCCUUCAUAUACCAUACCGAAGACAGCAACGCCCACACUCACUAAACCGUAGCCACGCCCGGCGUCAUCGUAACGCCCAAGCCUGACCUCGUCCGCAUCACCUUCCGGGCGGCGCAUUCGUUCUGACCCCGGCCCUCUGGCAGAAGACCUGCUCUGGCUGGAGGUGGUCUCGUCGUUUGCGGUCGACCACCAUCCCCCGUCGAGGGCAGUCAUCUCCAGCAAACAGAGCGCUUCCCUUGACAUCGCCUGACAUUUCGAAAAACAGCUUUUUGUGAGCUUUUCGAGAUGGUACGCGGUAUCAGGCUAGGCUCUCCGCCUCGCCCCCCUCAAACGUAUCACAUGCAAGAGCGUUAUGCUCAGCACAAGCGCAAGUCCAGAUGGUGCAAACGCCCACCACUUCGUUUCGUCUUGAUCUGGGCCGCCUUUGUAUUCGUAUUGACGGUGCUGUACAGGGUUUCCCAUGAUACCAUUCGCCAACCCCUAAGCGGGUACAAGAUUGGGUGGCAAGCUCAUGACAAAAUCAGCGUCAGACCGGAUCAGAAAUCCACCAGUCAAACUCAAAAUGGAGAAGCGUCGAAUGGGGCAACAGCUCAGGAAGCUUGGGAUUCUGAAGCGCUGGAUGCAAGCUUGGAUCCUUCAUUUCCUCUGGACGCAUAUGCUCCGCUCCUUCCCAAUCCUGCGCCCAUCACGGACAUCACUGUAGAGAGCUGCAGCCUGCUGAGCCUGGGCCCCUGUUUGCCCCGUUCCUCGCAGCUCAAGGAAGCCAAUCUAGGUCGCUGGGUUCGCGUGGACAGGCCGUUGGGCGCUGACACGGCCGCGCAAAAGGGAAGAGGCGCUUUGGGCGGUGGGGUGUUUGACAAGCUUUUUGGAAACAUCGAGAGUCGCUACAUCUUCUACCGCCGCUCGCGUCGAGCAGGCGUUAGAAAGGUCGUAGAUGUCAAGAUAGUCAAGGCGAACCAGCCGGCCCCAGGAACGCGCGAACAAGGAUGGCACAAGACCAAGAAGGACCUUGGCACGCCGUUCUUCAGAAUGCUGGGCACAGGCGAACAAGUGCAUCUAUGGUUUCAGACUGUCGGCGGACACAAGGGAGAUGAUGAAGAAGACGAUUCUCCAAUGGCAUCUCCUGGUCAGCAUCACAACAGACCUGGCCACACGAUCGAUGACAUGUUCAAAGAGAUCGACGACGAAUUCAAACACAUGAUUGCUGGUGAUGGAAAAGGCAAGACAGAAGUGAUAGAGAUCAUCGGUCGAGAGAAGAGCAAGGAAUUGGGCAAGGUUGCAAGGGAAAAGCUACCGAGGCAGUCAACGCAGCAAGAUGCCAUCACUGAGAUUGACCUUGUCUAUGGCCAAAACGAGGCUUUUCCCGGCUUUACCAUUGUUGGGCAGAUCAGCCCGGCAAAGCCUUCCAUGUCGAUGGUCAGCGUCAGCUUGGCUGUCAGGCGUCGACCUCAGCCUGAUCCUUCAAGCCCGAUAGCGCCGACUUUCCAUCAGGAUGGAAAGUUCAAGAUCAUGCAAAUCGCAGAUUUGCACUUUUCCACCUCGCCUGAACCAUGCCGUGGCACUGACACCACGCCCUGCAACGCCAAGACAAUGACGGAUUUGAUGGGACAAUGGCUGGACGAAGAAAAGCCAGACCUUGUCGUCUUCAGCGGCGAUCAGCUCAAUGGACAGGGGACGUCCUGGGAUGAGCGAAGCGUAUUGGCUACUUAUCUCAGGCCCGUCAUUGACAGAAAGAUCUUGUGGACCAGUAUCAUGGGCAACCAUGAUUCUCAAACCGGCUUGCUAACCCGUAGAGAGCUACAACUCCUCUUGAGUCACAUGCCAUACUCACUCGCACGCGCUGGCCCGGCCAAUCUCCACAAUGGCACAGGGGCAGGCAACUACUACAUCCACCUCCGGGCGCCUACGCCGGAUGCCACACAUUUGUUCUCGUUAUACUUUCUCGACAGCGGUGUCAACGCGCCCGUGACGGGAAUGGGAAGCCUGUUGCCUUGGUCCUUCUUCGGCAUCAGUGCGUCGAAAGGAUACGACUGGGUGCGAAAGGAUCAGAUCCAGUGGCUGCUGGAUCAGAGCCGGAAGGUCGUCAAGCAUAUUGUUCCCUACAAGCCAGACAGUGGCAAAGAUCUAGGUCGUAUCUGGGCCAAGCGGAGACAAGAUCAAGACUCUUCGAGACUUGUCACAACCAGGCGCAGCGACAUCAGACGAGACGACAAGACCUGGGACGCGCACUCUGCCGAGGGAAGCGGUGGUAGAAAACCUCCUGCGUUGCUUUGGGUUCACAUCCCUUUGCCGGAAUUCUUCUCCCCUGUCGACAAGAAUGAGCUGGGUCAAGAUAUGAUCAUUGGGCAGCCUCAGGGCGAGACAUCCGGUAUCAGAGGCGCACAAAAGGAGGGCGGCCUGUAUGAUGCUUUGCAAGGGCAAGGUGCCGAAAAUGACGUCGUCGGCGUGCUUUCGGGUCACAUGCACGAGAAUGCAGACUGUCGGCGUAUCAAGGGAAUCUGGAUGUGCUUCAAUGGCGGAAGCUCUUUGUUGGGAUACGGCAGCACCAAGAUGGAGCGACGUGUUAGGAUCAUCGAGCUGGAACAGUGGGGCGAACAAAUCAACACUUGGCACAGGUACGAACGCACCAGGGGCAGGCUUGAUGAAGCGACACUUUGGGAAAUGUUUCCGGCCAAAGGCAAGCAUUGAGCGAUUGAUGCCUGUGAAGCCUUGAGGCUGAUAUUUAUGCUGCGGCUGCGUUCAUUAUUGUCUGGACCGUCACGCUGCACGAUCCUUAUUACAUGUCUCUACUUUUGCCUUUGUCACCUUGAUUUCUUGCUGCCUUGGCUAUACUCCUAUUCGCAUACAUGUCGCUUCCGAUCAGCG